AUGGCUGGUCCAUCAGUGCCGUGGCGACAAUUGAUGGCUAUUGGGACAUCGACGUGGGACACUAUUCCACGCCUUUCUGAGGACUCUGUGACUGAGCACGACCACGACCAUGGCCAUGACCAUGACCAUGACCAUGACCACGUCCACUGGACCCACCCGCUGCAAUUGUCCACCGAUCUCUCCACACUCACCAUCCAGCUGAGCGAGAUCAGAAAUGAGGUCCGAAUGCAGCGUCGAGCCAUACUGGCGCUAGAUCUGGAUCUGGGUCUGGGCCAUGUGAGUGGAUGGGGAUGGAGCCAAGGACGAAGAGCAGGACUUGGAUCGGCGUCUGCGUUUGCACCACAGGCCGACGAGGCGCAAUCCGGACCUGCGCGUCUUCUUUGUGCUUUUGCCGUGGUGGAUGAUAUUUGCACGGAGAUAGAGACAGACAACACCAACAUCAACAUGAAUACGAACAGAGAUCGGGGUGGAAAUGAAAAUGGAAAUGGAAAUGAAAAUGAAAAUGAAGAUGAAGAUGGAGAUGGGGACGCAAAUGGAGAUAGAGAUGACAAUGGAUCUCUGGACGAAGACCAAGACCAAGAGGGACAUGCACACCCAACCUCAAUCACCACACGACGACGCCGAGAAUACAUGCUCUCUCUCGAGCUCAAGCCACACGUCCCGCUCACGCGCCACCGCAUUGUCCUGCCCGACGCCAGCUUCACGCUCACACUGGCCCGGUCGCACAUGCACAUCCGGCCCGUUGUGGUGGUGUGUAUCCGCAAUGUCUGGGAGCGGCGCGGACACCGACACGGCAUCUGGCUGGUCGCGCACGGUUCUGUGUCUCUGCCGUGCUGCGGGCCCUGUCAGGGGAGGUGUGUUGGGUCGAGGACCGAGGCCGACGCCAUGAGUCAUGUGCUGGGAGAGGAGGUUCAUCUGCGUCGUGUUUGA